AACUGAUCGUGAGAUAUCAGGGAGAAACGUGGGUCCGUCGUCCCUUCUGCACCCUUUCAGCCCUCUCUGCUAAUAAUUCAUUCUCUCCCUCCCGAUUUUUUGCCCCAACAUUUUAUUUUUGAACACCAUUCUGCAACAAAACCUUGAUUUCAUACUUUUAUCUUUCUUUCUCGCGGCAAUUAUCGUCUUCUGCGGACGAGUUUAGGGUUCAAACCGGAUGCUUCCCGCGUAUUUAUGGUUGACUGCGUGAUUUUAGAGUACCCAUUACCCGACUUCAGACUUGCAUAGCGGGGUUUUACGAGGUUCUCAAUAUGGCAGAAGCUUCACGGGGUCGAGUUACAAUUACUCUUGGGCGUAGCGGCCAGGUGGUAAAGAAGGCUGGAAGUGAAUUACAUGGUGAUUUUUCAGAUUCUAUUCUAGGGGCUGGAAGUAAACGGUCUUUAAGAGAGAGAUUAGGAAGUAAUUUUGAUAGUUCCUUGCAACAAGGAAGGGAAACGAACAACAAAAGGUCUAGAGCAGACUCGGGUUUGAGUGGUGCUGGUGUGGAUGAUUUUCGAAUCAGUAAAGAUGAUCUCCGGUUCAAACUCAUGCAAAAAAACAUAAGACGAGCUCAAAGCAACAAUGAUCAGAAAGGUAUGGACCUCCGAGAAAAGCUCUCAAGGAUGGGCCAGGCUCCUGCUAGGUUUGUUGAUACACGGAAGCAAUUGCCAAUGUCAAAAGACACUGGUAUCCUGGGGCGAAUCCCUCCCACAAGAAGGGCGGAU